AUGGAAUUGGGUAGCAUUGUCAAGUUCUUAGAGAACAGGUCCAUUUUAGUCACUGGUGCCACUGGUUUCCUGGCAAAGAUAUUUGUGGAGAAGAUACUUAGGGUUCAACCAAAUGUGAAGAAGCUGUAUCUUCUUCUAAGAGCUGCAGAUAACAAGUCAGCUUUGCAACGUUUUAACAGUGAGGUGGUAGGGAAGGACCUGUUUAAAGUUUUAAAAGACAAAUGGGGUGGAAAUCUAAAUACCCUAAUCUCACAAAAAGUCAAUCUGGUCCCCGGUGACAUUACCUUUGAGAAUUUGGGGAUAAAGGACUCUACUUUGUUGGAAGAGACGUGGAGAGAAGUAGAGGUGGUGGUUAACCUAGCUGCAACAACCAACUUUGAUGAAAGAUAUGAUGUUUCACUAAGAAUCAAUACAAUAGGAGCUAGGCAUGUUCUGAACUUCGCCAAAAAGUGUGUUAACUUAAACUUGCUUCUCCAUGUCUCAACUGCUUAUGUGUGCGGUGAAAAGGCGGGGUUGAUACUGGAAAACCCAUACAAGCUAGGUGAGACACUGAACGGGACACCUGGACUUGACAUUGAUGCAGAGGAGAAAGUAGUGGAAGAAAGACUAAACGAGCUCCAACUUGAAAAGGCUUCGGAGCAAGCAAUUACCUCUGCCAUGAAGGAUUUAGGAAUCCAAAGGGCAAGGAAGUAUGGAUGGCCAAACACCUAUGUAUUUACAAAGGCAAUGGGAGAGAUGCUCCUGGCGCACUCGAAAGAAAAUUUACCCCUAGUUAUCUUUCGUCCGACCAUUGUAAGCAGCACAUACAAAGAGCCAUUUCCUGGUUGGGUUGAAGGGGUCAGAACCAUUGAUAGCUUGGUUGUUGGUUAUGGGAAGGGAAGAAUAACAUGCUUCCUUGGUCACCCUGAUAACAUACUUGAUGUGAUUCCAGCAGAUAUGGUGGUCAAUGCUAUGAUAGUUUCAAUGGUGGCCCAUGCAAAUCAACCUGAUAUGAGCAUUUACCAAGUGGGUUCUUCAGUAGGAAACCCUAUCAUAAUCUCUAAAUUUCAAGAUUAUGGCGUUCGUUACUUCCAGAAGAAUCCAUGGAUCAAUAAGGAAGGAAAGCCUGUCAUAGUAGGCAAGAUUAAAGUGUUGAGCACUGUGGCCAGCUUCCACAGAUACAUGGCAAUUCAUUACUUGCUUCCCUUGAAGGGAUUACAAAUAGUGAAUACGGCAUUUUGCCAGUUUUUUCGUGACAUGCACCUUGAUCUUCGACGAAGGGUUAAUCAUGUUUUUCGGUUGAUUGAACUCUAUGGGCCCUACAUAUUCUUUAAGGGCGUCUUUGAUGACAUGAACACCGAAAAAUUACGAAGGGUGGUAGCAGAGAGUGACAUGGAGACAAACAUAUUCUAUUUCGACCCCAAGAGCAUUGAUUGGGAAGACUAUUUCAUGAACACUCAUUUUCCAGGAGUAGUGAGAUACGUAUUCAAAUGA